AUGUUUGUGUCGUCCAGUUGUGUACAGUGUAAACAGGAACAGUGUAAACAGGAACAGUGUAAACAGGAGCAGUGUAAACAGGAACAGUGUAAACAGGAGCAGUGUAAACAGGAACAGUGUAAGCAGGAGCAGUGUAAACAGGAGCAGUGUAAACAGGAACAGUGUAAACAGGAACAGUGUAAAGAGGAGCAGUGUAAACAGGAGCAGUGUAAACCGGAGCAGUGUAAACAGGAGCAGUGUAAACAGGAACAGUGUGAACAGGAACAGUGUAAAGAGGAUCAGUGUAAACAGGAACAGUGUGAACAGGAACAGUGUAAAGAGGAUCAGUGUAAACAGGAACAGUGUGAACAGGAACAGUGUAAACAGGAGCAGUGUAAACAGGAACAGUGUGAACAGGAACAGUGUAAACAGGAGCAGUGUAAACAGGAGCAGUGUAAACAGGAGCAGUGGAAACAGCAGUGGAAACAGGAACAGUGUAAACAGGAACAGUGUGAACAGGAGCAGUGUAAAGAGGAACAGUGUAAACAGGAGCAGUGUAAACAGGAACAGUGUAAACAGGAGCAGUGUAAACAGGAACAGUGUAAACAGGAACAGUGUAAACAGGAACAGUGUAAACAGAAGUAA